AUGGCAAGCAGUAACACUGAUGUGGGACACAUAUUGGUCAAGGUUCAAGAGGAUCUUCAAGAGCUGAAAGAGAAAAUCUCACACAUUACAAUACAUGGUGAAACCACAACAGUGGACAUUCAAACACUUGAAACAGCCAUUCGUAGGACUGAAAUGGGCCUAAAGAGUCAUGCAGCAGAAUACCUUAAUGUAAUCAAUAACCAAGUGUUGACCCUUCCUGCUUUGGAAUACAAAGAUAUGUCAGCUGCACACACUUUACCUGCUCCUGUUUCAAUGGGUGUCAACAAAAUAAUAAAGAAGCCUGUUGUCUACCCAUCUUUGAACAAAAAGCACCAUGGUAUCCAGCUAUGGAAUGCACCUGAACAUAUCUCCCCUGGAACACAACACAAGCAUGCCAUGGAUAUGAGGAUUUUACGUGAUCCCACCAAUCCAAAGAACAGAAAUCUUUUACACCAGAACUAUGGGAUUCAGCUUCCUCUUAUUAAGAAUGAGAUACCUGAUAUACCUCCUCAAAAACUUAUUAAAGGUUCUACAGUGGGUACACUUGCCAUUUUGCCUGUUUCCCACCGUGAAAAUCCAUCACUCCUUCCUCCAUUUGUAUCUGAAAAAGAUGCAAGAAAAGGUAUUCUGAGUUUGAUUGAACGAGGUUUAAUUCCUCCAGCAUCUGAGCUGACUGUUGAUCCACCUUUUGUCCAAAACAGAGCAGCAAAGAUCCAUGAUAUUCAAGAGAAGCAUAGGAAACCAUCUCCUGAAAUAUUUGGUACUUACCCCAAAAAUGCUUACUGUAUAGUCGUUAGUGAGUCAUACACAGAGGAAAAAAAGUAUCCAGACAAGAACCCAGAAUCCAGGCUGCCUUUAAAGAUGGGCACUGUUACUCCUGCUCCUUCAUUCAUGUCCAGGACAUCAGCUAUGGACAUCAGUGCAGUUCAACACCUGCGUGGUAAAGAAAUGGUGCCCUUUGAAUUUCAUCGGCCAAAGCAGUUUCAAGUGUUGCCAAUUCAUCGGACCCAAGAAUUUUCAGAAACUUUUUAUGUUACAAUUUUCAAUGGCAAAAUAGAUUAUACUGCUCCAGACGUCCUGGCUUUCAAACACCAUUACCAGUUAUACUGGGGACACAUCUUGUCCUUUCUGGAAUAUCUUGGGAGGAAACUAAGACAGUACGAUGUGCCAGUUACCAUUGUAGAAGGUCAGAAGUUGGCAGAGAUUUCAGCUAUCUUCGAACUUAAUUCACAGCCCAACUGGAAGGACCUGCUUCCUGUGGUGAAAAAUAAAGAAUUGGUGGAAGAGAUCAUCAAGCGUCCAGGCCAGCAGUACAAAGGGCCAGAUGGCUUGGAAAUCGCAGCUACAAAAAUCCAGGCUAUCUGGAGGCAGUACCAGUGCAAGACCAAGUACCUCAUAGCUCGUCGCCAGAAGUGGGCAGCAGGUGUUAUUUCCAUCUCGUGGCUCAUGCGCGCUCAAAGGGUGCGGGUGAAGAAGACCCUAAAGCAGUCACGUCAGAGACACCUGGAAAAUUUUCGCAGCAGGGCCAAGCAUCUGGCAGCCAACUGGAAUCGCAUCAAGGCCUCCAGGAGAACUAUUAUCCACAUCCCAUCAUUAGGGUAUGCCCAGUCAUUGCGAUCAUCUGUGCCCAAUAUAGAUACUCAACAGAACCUACAGAUGGGAAGGUUAUGUGACAUCAGGGAUGACAAUAUAGAUGUUAUCUAUAUUUGCCCCCUUUGGAUUGGUAAGGAUGUGACCCAAUACUACAUGAAACUACUUGGACUACAAGAAGCCAUCAAAACAGGGCAACCUGAGAAUGUAAUGAACGUGCAGGAUCGUCUCAAAGUCAUGACUCCUGAGGCAAUAAGCCGUUUUCCUAACCACCACUUGUGCCUGGCCACUCAUCUGAAAUACAGUCCCAAGACAAUAAAACGAAUAAAAAAUCUCAUUGAAGGCAAGGCUGCAUACAUCGUUGGCGGGCUGCUACACAAGGAUGACUUAGCUGUUGCAGAUAUGCUAAAUGUACCAAUUCUAGGCCCGGAGCCGGAAGUGGCCCAUCUGUACAGUAGCAAGUCUGGAAGCAAAAGAAUCUUUGCAAGUGCUUCUGUGCCAGUGCCACCUGGGGAAUAUGAUAUAUACAGUCUUCAGCAGAUGCAUGAAGUUCUAACUCAACUUAUUCUCGAAAAUCUGGAAAUUAAGCGUUGGCUGUUCAAACUGGAUGUUGAAUUUGGUGGGAGAGGUACUGCAUAUUUUGAUGUCUUGCAUCUGAAGUGUUAUAAGCCGAUUCUGAAGGAAUUUAGGGAAAUUGGUCCUGCAGUAUGGCUUAAGAAGAAAUGGAUCCAGGAACCUGCUGAGUUGAAGUUAUCAAAGGAGUUGCCUGGAAUUUUGGCAGUGCAUGCACAACCAGUGAAUAAGAACAUAUUCCCAACAUGGGAGAAGUUCUUAGAGAUGUUCCUCUGUCAAGGUGGUGUGGUUGAAGCAUACCCUCCCUCAGACAGUGUUACCAACCUCACCAUUGACAUGCUCAUAGAACCAACAGGAGAGGUAUCAAUGGUUUCUUGUGGGGAUCAGAUCCAUUCCAAUAGCCCACUGGAAUGUUGGGGCACCACCGUACCACAAUGCUCAGUGGAUCCAGGCAACCUACACUCGAUGUGUGUAAAGAUCGCUGAGGCCUGUAAAUGUAGAGGAGUGAUAGGCUUCUUCUCAAUUGACCUGGUGACCUUCAUACAUCCACUUACAAUGGAGCAGCAGGUCUGGGCCACAGACUUAGACCUGGCCUACAGUGACCAACAGGCCAUGACACAACUGAUGCUGUUCAUAUCUAAUGGGAAGCUGAUCUGCAAAACCAAUACCUUCGAGGUGUCUCCCAAGCCCAGGGAGAAAAGGCAAACAUCACACAGGAGAGGAUCGGCGAUAAAAGAAGGAACACAAAUUCAACUUCCUUUUAUGAAACGUUACGGAGUGUUAAGCACACAGCUGAAACAUACCAAUUUAUCCAUCGUCCACUACAGUGUACUCUUCAAGAUUUUUAAAGUUCACGGGAUCGGUUUUGAUAUUAAGGAAAGACAAGGGACCGUAUUUAUACUUCAUGAAGAUAAUAAGAAGGAUCGCUUGGGGAUGGUAACAAUCGGGGAAGAUCUCCAGGGGGCUCUGCUGACCUUUGCUCGUAAUCUCUCUGUCAUUCAUCAGGAAAUAACAGCACCUAAUGUGCAAUUGGAGAACAAUUUUCAGGCGGCGAUCAAAGACAUUGAGUUAAUCCUUGGAGUUACAGUAGUGAACAAGUCCUACAUUAAAGAAGAUCACUCAACCACUGCAUUAAAGGCUCUAACUUGA